CCGCAGCGGCCGCAGAAGGCGGACGGCGGCGAGCAUGGAGAGGGAGCUGGAGGCGCUGGCGGCCCGGCCCGCGCUCCCGGCCGAACCGCCCUUCCAGACGCUGGUGGAGGCGGCGGGCGGCCGCGGGCAGGUGCUGCUGGUGGGCGAGCUGUGGGAGCGCGAGCAGAGCCGCGCGCUGCUGUGGGACUUCGCCCGGGCGCUGUUCCCGCCCCAGCCAGCCGCGGGCAAGCCGGGCGGCGCAGCGGCCGAGCGCGCGGGGCCCGGGGCGCCGGGAGCUCAGAAGGGGCCCGGGACCAGAGCGCGCGCCAUCCGCUCGCCGCUCGUCUUCGUGCUGUGCCGCGCGUCGUCGCUGGCCGCGCGGGAGCCGCGGCGCCACCUGCGGGAGAUGCUGCGGGACGUGCGCGGACGACGGCGGGCCGGGGCGGCGCUGGUCGCGGUGCUGGUGGCCGAGACGGAGCCCGAGGACGCGGUGGCUCCGGAUCUGCGGCUACUGGAGGCGCUGCUGCGCACGGUGUUCGGCCGCCGGGCGGGAGGCCCGGUGCAGGCGGUCGCCUACUGCCCCGGCCACCAGGCCUCCAGCCUGGCCGUUCAGGCGGCCGCCUGCAGGGCCCUACAAGCCGCCGGGCCCUUGCGACCAGCGGAAGGAGCCUGGGAGAGACCCGGCCUCCCAGCACUGCUAGCCUGCUUUUCCUGGGGUGCCUGGAGCCGGGGGAAGGACCCAGAUGCCACCUCCUCCAGUGGCCCAGCUCAGGAUAACUUACAGGACGCUGAGGAGGAGCUGGCACUGACAGCCAUACAUCCCAACGGAGACUGCGAGGAUCCCGGAAAGGGGUCACGAGCCUGUGAUGGGGUUGCCUCCACUCCCACUGAGCCCACCGGAGACUUGAGAUGAAGCCUGGAC